CCCUCUUUCCCCCGCUAUAUAUAACUUAUAAACACUCACCCAUACCCCAUAAUAAAUCUCUACUUACAACUGAAGAUCCACCACCACAACUGAAACUACAAGAUAUGGGCAACUACACUUCCUCUUGUUUCUUUGUUCAUUCAACCCUAAAAGCAAAGCUUGUCGAUGCUAAUGGAAACCUGAGGCAGGUCAACCUUCCCAUUAAAGCUGCCGAGGUCAUGCUUGAAGAACCAGGCCACGUCAUUUCUCCAGUGGACGGGCUCCUGAGAACUCGCCGUAUAUCGGCCAUGCGAGCUGACGAUGAACUUUUGGCAGGAAAACUUUACAUGUUUGUUCCUAUUAAUAGAGUCAACGGGAAAGUUACAGAGAAAGAUAUUUCGAUAAUAGAGGCUGCUUCUGGCAAAAAGAAAUCGUUACGCUUACGUAGGAGGAAGAGGAGCAACGCCAAGGUGUUACCCACUGUAACUGAAGAGGUGAGGGAAGAUAGAGAAGAAAGUGAUCAGGUUACUGUUUUGAGAGUGAAUGAUACGGGGUUCGCCAGUCAUCGAUUUAAGAAUCAAAAGCAGUGGAACCCAGUUUUGGAAGCCAUUUCUGAAGUCUACUGAAGAUUACAAGUUUUUCGUGGCUUUGACUCUGUGUUCGUCCAUGGAAUUUAUAACUUAAUUAUCAGAAUAUGCAACUAUGCAAGUGUACAUCAUGAUUAAUUCUUAAUGAACAAGCCUACGAAGCCCAAAGCUGGCCCAUUUUUUGGCCAUUGGACUUGAUAGAAAGCUUGAAGGUGGCCGAGGGCCUUAACCAAAACAUAACUGCACGGGCUUAUGGGCCUAAAAAGUGAUAUAUCAUAUUGUAUUUAAUAAAAGUUAAUCUUUCGUAUUUCACCA